AUGAACCCCUUCCUAAUAGCCGAGAUAGUUGAUAGAGUUCUGUUCUACCUGGAAUUGGAUGAAGAAAAUCUGUAUCCUUGUCUUUUAGUCAGCAAAUUGUGGUGUACAGUUACUGCACCGUUAUUAUGGCAGGACGCACUCGGCAAUCUCAGAAUUAAGAAUGUGGUAUCAAUUUAUCUCCAUUGUUUGCCUCGAGAUGAUGUAUCUGAACUCAGGAGCAGAAAGCUGAUAGACGGUGUCACUAAUCCCACUUUUAGAUACCCGACUUUCCUCAAACGUUUUUCAUAUUAUAGUGUGAUAUUUCAAAUCGGCACCUUUCUUCAAUAUAAUCAAGCACAAGUUUCUUACUUGUUUGGCAAAAUCUGGAAGGCCAUGGCCAUCAAUGAAACCAGGUUGACCGAAUUGCACAUAAAUGAUCUCAAGGCUGACAUGCCAGACUGUCUUUCUCCGCUGCUCAAACUACCCGAGAAUCGGGCAGUCAUUAUCACCGUAAAGCGUUUGAUGUAUCAUCAUGCUGAAAAGUAUUAUGACCUAAUUCGUGUGCUCGCAGAUACUUGCUCAAACAUUAAAAGAUUGCACUUAUUUGAUCAUCACCCAAUCAAGUAUAAGAGGCCCUUAUCAAGGCCUGACAUGGAGCCAAUUGCCAGUCUUAUAAGUAAACAAAAAGGUCUCAAAGUAGCCCGAUUCAAUACUAUUCACGGAGGCAUGGGUGUACUACUUCCAUCUCUUCAAUCUCAACUCCAUUCUUUAAAAUAUAUCUAUUUUACACGAGUGGAUUUCGUUGAUGCACAAUCUUGGGAUGUAUUAGCACAAGCAUCAAAAAUGGAAAUGUUAUCAAUCAAAAACUGUAUGAACAUGAGGGAUGACAUGGUGAACCCUUUAAUUGAUGCACAACUACCUAAUUUAAAAUACGUUGACUGGGAUUCCUCGCCUCAUGAUACACUGAUACAAUUUAAUAAGUGGGUUGACGAACUUACUAGUUAUGUUGAUGGUGAAGUUCUUGCUAGACUCAGGGGGAAAAGACAAACGAAAAAGGAGAGAAAAGAUGAGAAGGAAAAAGAGAAAUUAUGGAAACAUACCAAACAAUGA